GAAAAUAACUCUCGUUUACGUAGUAGACGCAGAGCGGAUUUUUGUGCAUCUUCAAUAUUGGAGCCAAAAAUUCGCUGAAAUGACCACGAAAAUUAAGCUCUUGAAACCAAAUCAAAUAGUGGAAAUUCCAGAGCCGGGCCAAAUGAUUUUGGCAAAAUACACUGAAGAUGAACAACUGUACCGCGCCCGUAUUGAAAAAGUAGAAAACCGGUCUGCUACGGUCUUCUAUGUUGAUUUCGGGAAUGAAGAAAACGUUGAUAUAAAUUCACUUUUCGAAUGGUCGCCAACUUUGAAUGUUCUACCACAUCAAGCAAUUCCCUGUAAUAUUAACAAACACGAAUUUAUUCCAACAUCAAUUAAAUGCAGAAUUAUAGAUAACUUAGAAAAAUGUAUUAACUCUAACUGGUUCAACGCAAAAGUCACGAAUAAUAAUAAUAAUAUCUUAUGUAUUGAUAUAAAUGGUUGGUAUCAAUAUUUUAAUCAUGACCUUUGCGAUGAAUUUUGGUCUUAA